UUGUACCUGGCGGCCCCAGUUUCCGGGCGCAUGAACCAGGGCCAAGAGCCUGGUUCUGUUGCAUCUUACUGUUAUGAAUCGAACCGACUUAUUGGCCAGCAUGGAACGGCAAGUCUCGGUUUCCGGCUGGUCACACAUAAACAUGGCCAUUGUCUGGCUCGGGCACCCAAAAAAAUGUCUGAAAGUCUAACCUGACAGAUGUCUGUUCUUUCUUUUCCAGCCCAGACACGGAAUUCUUCGCAGAGCCGGAGGUAAGAUGGCCUCUCUGCCAGUUCCGGAUGGCAUAGAUCUCAGCGAGUCCAGAGUUGCCAGCAUCAUUGGUGCUCUCAGUUGCACGUGGGCACUCGCAGCCAUCGCAGUUGCGCUUCGGUUUCUUGCCCGACGAAUACAAUCCAAUAAGCUUUGGUUGGAGGACUGGCUGAUCACUGUUUCCCUGACCGCAGCAGCUGUGCACGUUUUCAUAAGCGUAGGAUACAUGAUACCGAAUGGUACCGGUAAACAUAUCUGGGUAGCGCCAACUUCGGCGACAAGAGCGUGGGCAAUUGGUCUUUUCGUAUCAGAAGUAGCGUACACAGUGACUUUAUCAACAGUCAAGUGGUCGACAUUGGCUCUCUACUGGCGAAUAUUCAAUGCCCGUAAAAGCAUUAGAUAUUACAUCUGGGCUAUGGCCGGUAUCGUCUUAGCUUGGUUCAUUGCUGUUAUCCUCGUUACGAUUUUCCAAUGUCUCCCUGUUCAUGCCUUCUGGGCGCGCUACGACACAGUCAACCCCCUGUCGUCUGAUCAAUACACAUGCGGUGUAGAUGUCAAGAUGUUCUUCAAGGGAAACUCAAUUCCCAAUAUCAUAACGGAUGCGCUAGUUGUGUUGCUACCCAUCCCAUAUGUGUGGAAGCUACAGCUGCACAAAGCCCAAAAGUUUGCCCUGGCAGGCAUUUUUGCGCUCGGUACUUUCGUUACUGUCGUCUCCAUGGCUCGGUUAAAUGUGAUUCUUUCAGUUGACCUCACGUCACCUGACAUUACCUGGAAUUUCAUCGACACCAUUAUCUGGACUAAUGUCGAAGCCAACACAGCUAUCAUCUGUGCCUGUCUCCCAUGCCUAAAACCGAUCCUCAACCUCGCGCUCAACGGCAGACUGAAAUCUUCGAUCAAACGGAGUGGCCAGAACUCUGGCGGACAAUACAUACUCAAUGACCGUACGAAGCCCAGCACUGCAAAUGGAAGCAGUUACCUAGGAGGCUCUGGGACUGGGGCGUUGCGGAAAGGGCUCGGCGGAGGCGGUGCUGAGGAUGAGCGCCCCUUUACUCGACUGAGUGAACGUGAUUCUGAGCCAAGUAUUGAUGUCGCAAAUGAUGACGGGGGCAGUGGGCAUGAAAGUUUGAGCAAAGGGGGAGUAACUAUAGAUACUCAAGGCACGAGCGGGAAACCAGCUUCAUAAUUAUCGUAACAUUCAGC